GCAAAGGCCGAAAACCAAAGAGAAGAAAGCGAUCAAUCUAAGAGAUCAAAGAGAGACGCAAAAACAAAAAUGGGAGCAGCAGAAGGAAAAACAGUUCAUUCACCUGCACUCACGUAUUUCUCGAUGAUAUCGCUUCUCUCACUUUGUCCUCCUUUUGUUAUCUUACUAUGGUAUACAAUGGUACAUGCUGAUGGAUCCAUUGUUCAAACAUGGAAUUUUCUCAAGAAGCAGGGUUUGCAGGGUUUUCUAGAAAUAUGGCCAAGACCCAGUGCCAUUGCUUGGAAAAUAAUUUUUGUUUACGGGACUUUUGAAGCAGCACUUCAAUUGAUUCUCCCUGGAAAGAGGGUCGAGGGCCCAAUAUCACCCACUGGGCACCGACCUGUUUACAAGGCUAAUGGUAUGGCAGCGUAUUUUGUGACAUUGGUUACCUAUAUUAGUCUUUGGUGGUUCGAGAUUUUCAACCCCACUGUCGUUUAUGAUCAUUUGGGAGAAAUAUAUUCGGCGCUCAUCUUUGGAAGUUUGAUCUUUUGUGUUUUCUUGUACAUUAAAGGUCAUGUGGCUCCUUCUUCUACUGAUUCCGGGUCAUCUGGGAACUUAAUAAUUGAUUUCUACUGGGGUAUGGAGUUGUAUCCACGAAUUGGCAAAAGUUUCGACAUCAAAGUCUUUACGAAUUGCAGAUUCGGGAUGAUGUCAUGGGCUGUUCUCGCUGUCACUUAUUGCAUAAAGCAGUAUGAAGCCAAUGGUAAAGUUUCGGAUUCGAUGCUUGUGAAUACAACAUUGAUGCUUGUGUAUGUUACAAAGUUCUAUUGGUGGGAAGCUGGUUAUUGGAACACAAUGGACAUUGCACAUGAUCGAGCUGGAUUCUAUAUCUGUUGGGGAUGCUUGGUUUGGGUUCCAUCCAUAUAUACAUCACCAGGGAUGUACCUUGUCAACCAUCCGGUGAACCUCGGAACACAGCUCGCACUUUAUAUUCUUGUCGCCGGCAUUCUUUGCAUAUACAUCAACUAUGAUUGUGAUAAGCAAAGACAAGAAUUUCGCAGAACAAAUGGAAAAUGCAAAAUCUGGGGGAAAGCUCCAUCAAAGAUUGAGGCCACCUACACAACAUCUGGGGAAACCAAAACCAGCCUUCUUUUAACAUCAGGAUGGUGGGGUUUGGCUCGUCAUUUCCAUUAUGUGCCGGAAAUAUUAGCUGCAUUUUUUUGGACUGUUCCAGCUCUGUUCAACCAUUUUCUGCCGUACUUCUAUGUCGUGUUUCUUACCAUUCUCUUAUUCGAUCGAGCCAAAAGGGAUGAUGACCGGUGCCGAUCCAAGUAUGGGAAGUACUGGAAACUAUACUGCAACAAGGUUCCGUACAAGAUCAUCCCUGGAAUUUACUGAGAGAUGGAUGUUUCGAAUGAAUUCACUCUCUAACGUGCUUGAUCUUGAAAACUGUAUUGUAACAUCAUCUCCUUUGCCUUUUGCUUUUCGGGAGGUUUAUGAAAUGUAGGACGCCUUGGUGCUCUAUUGAAUCCCUAGUUGGGUUUGGCUUUUGGACAAUUGCGGAGUAAAAGUGUUAAUGAUUUGGUAAUUGGAAUAACGCUCUGCCUAUGAACUCAGGCUCUUUGUCA